AUGGGAUUGAUUACGUUGGUAAAGGAGUUGUGGAAGGCUUUCUUUUUCGUUUGUUCAGUGCAAUUUUGCAGAAUGGCGCUGUUGUGGUCUUUAUCUAUUCUUUUCUCUUAUUACCAAUUGUUCAAGGCCUCCCUAUCCCAGUGGCUGGUGUUCAAACCUGUAAUUCUCGAGAGAUGUCCUUUCUUCUCUCAGAAACUGGUGUCCUAUCCCAGGUGCUCCGCUUUCACAAGUAAUUUUACGCCUGUUUGCGUUGUUACUGGUGCAACGUCUGGCCUGGGAUUAGCUACUGCUUAUGAACUUUCGAAGGAAGGAUAUGUUGUUGCCAUUGUUGGACGUUCACAGCAGUUGUUGUCAGAGACCGUAAGAAAAAUCAAAGAUUGGAAUGAAGAUGCCCACCUCAAAGCUUUUCAGGUGGAUCUGUCAUCAAUUGAGUCAAUCGUAGAGUUUAAAAUAUCCUUGCGACAGUGGCUUUUGGAUUCUCAUUUGCACUACUCAAUACAAAUACUGAUAAACAAUGCUGGAAUACUUGCAACAUCACCUAGAGUGACAGCUGAGGGCUAUGAUCAGAUGAUUGGUACAAAUUUUAUUGGUGCAUUUGCUUUAACAAAGCUUCUACUACCGCUUCUUGAAAGCAGUCCUGUAUCUUCCAAAAUUGUGAAUGUGACAUCCUUUACACAUCGAGCUGUUAUUGAUGUGCAGGUUGAUGAGGGAACCGUAUCUGGGAAGAGAUUUCUGAGAUCUGUAGAAUAUCCAUAUGCUCACAUUUAUGAGUAUUCUAAAUUAUGCUUAAUUCUCUUCUCGAACGAGCUCCAUCGACAGCUUUGCCUAAUGGGAAAAUCUAACCACAUAUUUGUCAAUCUUGCGGAUCCUGGAGUUGUGCAGACAAACCUCAUGCGAGAAGUUCCAGCAAUCCUAUCUUGGUUGGCAUUCUUUGUGUUUAAACGUCUGCGGAUGUUGCAAUCUCCUGAGUGUGGGGCUGACUCUAUUAUUGAUGCUGCCCUGGCUCCACCGGGAACAUCAGGGGCUUACUUCUUUGGGGGCAAAGGUAGGACUAUCAACCCUUCAGGACUUUCGCGUAACGCCAAAUUAGCACGUGAGCUUUGGGAAAGUACAAGUUCAGACUCAUUAAAGUCUAACCUCAACUAG